AUGGCGAUUUCGGGCUCGCACGCAGCAUGGUGGUAUGGGCGCGCCAUCAAGGUGUACUUUGGCAUCAGCAUUCUGCUUUCCUUUAUGUGGAUCCUCAAGCACCUCUACGUGGACAUGCCGACAGCCUCAGCUCCAUUUGCACUAGGCCCACCAGCCCAGCAAUACUCGCAGGCAUUCACCGACCACAUAUACUGCCUGAACGUGCAGAAUCGGCUGGGGCGACACGCGCGCAUGCGAGCCCUGCUAGAGUACAUGCACCUGGACGGCGAACUGUUCACCGGGCGGCAGAUCUCACAUCUGGACGUCUGGCGCAACAUCAUCAACAACAACUUCCGCCACGCACUGGUGAUCGAGGACGAUGUGGACUUUGAGGUAGACUUUGUCGAGCGCAUCGCCAAAGCCAUGGCGGCUGUGCAGCGCAAAAAGUGGGACAUUCUAUAUGUCGGGCACUGCUCGAUGGACGAGGGCCAGGGGAAGCCGCGCGGACAGGAUGUCUUCAAGGCCACCAAGCCGUUCUGCACCUCUGGGUAUAUUGUCAGCCGCAGCGGGGCGCAGAAGCUGUUUGCAUAUUUCGUGCGCAACUUGUCGGCUGCCACCCUCGACCUGCUCAAUGCGUACUCGCUGUUCCCGCCCGCCGUUUUCCAGCGUCGUGACCUGUACCCGGCCGACGACGGCAUGGAGCUCAAGAUCUCCAAGCUUUUGACCAACAGCGCGUGGGACGAGGCGAGGAGGCUGGAGCCGCGGCUCGCCAACUGGACCGAGCCCCUAGACCGCCACACAUUCCGACAUGGAUGA